UUAUUUUUUGAUCUCUGACCUAAUUCUCUCUCUACUCUCUACUCUACUCUCCAACCCCUCUCUCUUGAUCUCGUUCAUUCAUCAAUAUCAACUCCCUCUACACCACCCCCACCCCCCAUCCUUUCUCCUCAGAACCAGAGACUUCAAGAUCCCUCUAAAUCUUGUGGGUCUUUCUCUCUCCCCCUCUCUUCUGCCUCACACCCAAGUAGAUCUGUCUCCAUACUCACAACUCACUCACAACACUCUUUCUCUCCGACACACACACACACACUCUCACACACAGGAGUAGUUUUGCCAAUUGCCAUAUAGCUGACAACUACUCUAAUUAGAGAGCAUAAACAAAGAUCAUCGUCAGUCAUCUUCAUCGAUAGAUCGUUCAUCUCAGAGACCAGAAGCGCAGAGGAAGAAGAAGAAGAUCAGUGUCUUGUGUUCUAGGGUUAUCAGACAAAGUAGUAUUGUGUGUGAUCGUAGAAGAAAAGAUUAAGGUUGAAGAGAUGACUCCGGCGAAUCUGGCAGGCCAGUUUGGUGACACAACAUACACAAAGGUCUUUGUAGGAGGCUUGGCUUGGGAGACUCAGAAGGAAACUAUGAAGAAAUAUUUUGAGCAGUUUGGUGAGAUCUUGGAGGCCGUCGUCAUCACUGACAAAGCUACUGGCAAAUCUAAAGGCUAUGGAUUCGUAACUUUUCGGGAACCAGAAGCCGCCAUGAGAGCUUGUGUGGAUGCUGCUCCAGUGAUAGAUGGCAGAAGGGCUAACUGCAACCUGGCUUCUUUGGGUGUCCAGAGAUCCAAGCCAUCAACCCCAAAGCACGGAGGAGGAGGCAGGAACUUCAGGGUGAUGGGUUCGUUUCAGACAGGGUUUGGAGGAGCAGGAUCGACUUUUCCUUCUGCAGCGGCAGCAACACUUCCUCAUUAUGCUCUCCAGCAAGGAACACCCUAUAAUGUUUAUGGGUACUCUCCAUACUCACCAGAUUACACUUACCCGGGCUACUAUAGUGUUUAUGGAGGAGCGACCCAGUACCCACUGUAUGGAACUGGACCAGGAGGCAUGAUGACCGGUGGUGCGGCGGCAGCCACCACCAUGUACCCAUAUCUGCAGUUCGGAGAAGGGAGCGGCAGCGGUGUAACUGGCGGCUACACUUCCGGUCAGGGCUACGGUGUCUACUACCCACCGCAGCUCUUUCAGUACUCUCCCAUUACUUCAUCUGCUGGCUACGCUCAGCACUAUGGUCCACCUAUGUCUCUUGCGCCUUCGCCUGCUUUGCAAUCAGUGUGUUUUGCUGUGCCGCAGGCGUGAAGAUGGCUCUUCAAGCUCCCCCAAUUCCUCAUCGUUAGAGAGACUCAUCAUCAUCAAAAUAUAAUUUUCUCAUCAUCAGAAACUUCCCAUCAUCAGUUAAUUGCUUCUUGAAGUUUCCAUCAUCAGAAAAACCUUUAGCCUAACCAUGGUGCUUCCUCUUUCUCGCUCACGCACUCUUUCUUCACUAACACACCAUAAAAAGUCCAUCAAUGGAAUUCAUGGGCUUUUUUUUCACACACCACAAACAGUUCUGGCUCCCCAUAGGAGCUAAAUCUGUAAGUUCGCUUCAUUUUUGAAGAGUCUCAUGCAUUUGCAUAUCUUUUUCUCAGUUUAGGGUUCUUCAGGACAAGAACCCUGACAUGUAAAUUCAUCAUCAUUGUCAUCAUCAUCUUCACCAGCUCAGGCUAUGUUGGAAAUAGCCACGUUGGGAAUAGAAAUUAGGACAAAACUUGUUAGCCCUCAGGAAAGGGCUAACCAGUGAAAGUUUUUCAAGGAAAAAGGAAUUGUAAAUGAUCAAGAUCAGUAAUCACAGAGAAUCUCAAUUUAGGACAGUUAAGAGAAAAAAAAUAGUAAAUUAAUCCCUCCAAAUAUUGCUUAGAUCUCACCCUCUUGGGACGAAGGGGAAGGUUUUAGCAAUCAUGGGCAACGGAUGUCCAAAGUUUUUUGUAUGGUAACAUCUAGGGUUUAGGGUUAGGGUUAGGGUUUUUAAUUAGUAUAAUAUGGAUUAAUAUUAGGUCUCAAGUCAUGAAGAUCAUGUCUUUAUAAAUGCUUUACCAACUUUAAAUUUUCAAUUUUCACACGGUGGUAAAGGGUUUAACCAAACCAAUAAGUCAUCUUGUUUCUCAUCCCUUUGGGUAAGGGAACUGGGAAAAUAUUAAUCUCUUAUCAGUACUAAUUAACAUUUGUUCAGUUUCUUUUGUAAAAAUUCAUUGUGCCUAAACUAUGGGAGUUUAGGUCCAAUUUUCACUAAUCCUUAGGAGGGACAGUGUUUUUUAGGGUUUUUGGUAGUAUAUAUCAUCAUCAUCUUGAGAAAACAGCAUCAAUAAUGGAUGUUUGUUGAUCUCAGAAGCACUUUGCAUGAAACCCUAGGGAGGUAUUUUGAUUCCCUUUAGGGUUCUUCACUCACUCACUCACUGCUCACUCACUCACCAACCAUGGUUAGGACUUAGGUUUAUGUCAUGUUCUGAUCUCUCUCUCUCUCUCUUCCUCCACUCAUCCCUCUCUCUAUCACUUUCUGUUACUUUCACGUCAUUAGAGAUGGACCUCUUGAUACUUCUUAUUAAUUAUAUGCUUAAGUCUAUGAUUUGGAUUGUAAUUAGGAUUAAUGUUAUGGAGGAAGAGAUUGUCAAGAUGCAUAUUUCUCAUCCAUGCAUUAUGCGUGUUUUGGUUGAGAAUAUGGAUUUAAUUUGCUGCUACUUAUUUUACUACAUGUUUUUAAUUUCAGACUAUAUCUAUAUCUCUUCAUCAUGCAUGCUUUCUUCUUUC